AUGUUGCUGAGUUUGAAAUGGCUUGGAAAUGGUUGUUGCAAGUGGUUGGAAAUGCUUUCAUCCGAACGAUGCAUACCUUUACAAGAUCUUGCGCUUCAGAUUGAGUUAAGAGUAUCUGUGUCACUCUACUACGAGAGUUUGUGCCCCUAUUGUGCUGAUUUCAUUGUCAACCAUCUUGUGAGGCUCUUCCAAACGGAUCUUAUCUCCAUUGUCAACCUCAGAUUGGUCCCUUGGGGCAAUGCUUGGAUUUCAUCUGAUGCCUCCCUCAUUUGCCAGCAUGGAGAAGAUGAAUGCUUCCUCAACACUAUCGAGGCCUGCGCUAUUACACUUUAUCCUGACGUGGUGCAGCAUUUUAGAUUUGUUGAGUGUUUGGAGCGUCUGAGUUUAGAGGGGAGACAUAGGCAAUGGAUGAACUGCUUCCAAAUCACUGGCUUCGGCACAUCACCUAUUGAUUGCUACACUAGUGGCAAUGGAAAAACUAUUGAUACGAAGUAUGCAAAGGAAACAUCUAAGCUUAAUCCUCCCCAUAGAUUUGUUCCAUGGGUGGUUGUCAACGACCAAGCACUCCAAGAGGACUACAGAAAUUUUGUGACCUACAUUUGUAGGGCUUACAAAGGCAAUGUGAUCCCAAGUGCUUGUAGCCUUAUGCCCAAACUGAAAGAGUCCAUGGAAGAGGUAGAAACUCUAACAACAAUGGAAGUGCAAAUAAUAACUCGAAAGUGUGCACAUUUUGUGGGAGAACAAGGCACACAAUGGAAACCUAUUAUUUCAGCGAAUAGUAUGUCAACAAAUUCAGAAAUUGCAUUCAAUGUUGCGAAUGAUCUCACAAAGAUAGAAUAUCUAGGAGAAGAAAUUACCAUUAAUCCUGGCGAAUGA